GUCAUGCCAUUCAGUACAUAUACCUUUGUCAUAAACAGACCCGAGGCAGAGGCUCAAGUAUAGUCGCUUUGUAUAACGUAUGGGACACGAAAAGAUGUCGAACCAAAUAGAAGCUGCCGAGAACUCACAAGAUGAUACAGAGAGAGGUAUAUGCUAUUAUGUCCUGUCUGGAUUAUCAUUGAUUGUGUUUAUCUGUACAUUGCCACUGUCGCUUUUCUUCUGCUUGAAGAUUGUUCAAGAGUAUGAAAGAGCUGUCAUCUUCAGACUUGGUCGGCUGCUUCCUGGUGGUGCCAAGGGACCAGGAAUCUUUUUCAUUCUUCCCUGCAUUGACACCUACAGAAAGGUAGACCUCAGGGUCGUGUCAUUUGACGUCCCUCCACAAGAGAUUCUGACCAGAGACAGUGUAACGGUAGCCGUGGAUGCCGUUGUGUACUUCCGAAUUUACAAUGCAACGAUAUCGAUCACUCAAGUUGAAGACGCCAACCGCUCCACCCGUCUGCUGGCCCAAACAACCCUCAGAAAUGUGCUGGGAACAAAAAAUCUCAGUGAAAUUCUGUCUGAGAGAGACAAUAUUAGCCAUGUUAUGCAGUCUUCCCUUGAUGAGGCAACUGAUCCAUGGGGAGUCAAAGUUGAGAGAGUUGAAGUCAAAGAUGUACGCCUGCCACAACAGCUACAGAGAGCCAUGGCAGCAGAGGCCGAGGCUACACGUGAAGCCAGAGCAAAGGUCAUUGCUGCUGAUGGUGAAAUGAAUGCUUCGCGAUCCCUCAAAGAAGCUGCAGACAUUAUUGCAGAAAACCCACAAGCUCUUCAGCUUCGCUAUCUUCAGACCUUAACAACUAUCUCUGCUGAGAAAAACUCAACCAUUAUCUUCCCUCUGCCGAUUGACUUUAUCAGUCGUUUUGUUCCAGACGGCAAGUAAGAUUGUUUGUUGAGCCAGCAAGGAGUGGUUUCAUAUAGCACUGGAGUAAGACUAUACAUGCACAAAGACACAGCUUUUAUCUUAUUAAAGGAUAUAUUUCAGGGCUUAAAAUAACAGCUGGUCAUGAUGACCAACCAAAUUGGUUUUGGCUCAAUUAUACCUCUUAUCGGCUCAACUUAACGAGUCAUAAUGAGCAGCAAGACAUUAAAGAAUUGACUGGAAAAGUUCCAUAUUCUGACUGGAUAUUGUUCAAUGGCUGGCUGUUAUUUUAAGCCUGAUAUUUAGUAUUAAAGCAGUAAAAAGGACCUUUCUGAAAUUCAUUUCAAGGACCAUUAACAAUGGCUUCUAGCUAAAAUUGGACUUGAUAAAAAUAGUUAAUGUAUAAGACCAAUCUUUGUUAAUUUUGAAUCGUAGACCUUUAUCAUCAUGAAGUCAUCACAAAGUGCUUGAAUACAAGGAUAGCCAGACAAAAAUAAUACAUAUCUUUACAGCCAAUAUCGCUGCCGCUUGAGAUAUCAGUCCUAUUGUUUAGUGGUCGUUCAAGUGAAUUUGACAAAGGCCUAUACCUUAAAGCUAGUUUGUCUAGGAAUCUGAUUUGCCCUGCUAAGGAUUUCCACAAUCUAACCCUCAUAGAAAUUGGCCAGUUUUGGAGUGUGUUCAAGUACCACUUAGACAUUUCCUCAUAGCUCCUCCCUCUACAACUACCCCAUCGCCAAAAAAAUCUCUUAGCAUUUCUCAAUCAAAACUUGAACUGAAUUUUCUCUAUUCACUUUGUUACCCUACGCCCUUGGCUCUUUUUAUCCUUUUCCUGGUUUUAUCAAUGGCAUGGUUUAUCUAGGUUUCUUAUCGGCAAAUGUAUUAGAAUGAGUAUAUUAUAAUUAUUCAGUAUGCUAUCUUUUAAAUCACUAUGUAUAAUAAGUGGUUUAAAGUGAGUAGUUGCGCCUCUCAACCUCAUCUACCUGUCAAGUUCUUGUUGACAACUAGAAUGUUAUUCCUUGGACAAGAGAUCUCUGGUGCCAUCUAAUACCUGACAGUUAUUUUUAGUUAGCAAAGAAUGACCAAACAGCAUCAUGUAUUAGAAUAAUGACCCAUUAGUAAAAAUACACAGGUGAUUAUUGAAAAUCUCACGAGCUGAUUGGUCGACAAACUCACACUAUCACACGAUAAUCACCCCCAGCGAUAAUCCAAAAUGGCGGCCAGCCGCUUUGUUGCUGUU